UUUUUUUGCUAGCUGGAGGGAUUCCUGAUGGAAGUUUCAUAGAUUAGGGAUUAUUUCUGGCAGCUAUGGAAUCAUUUCCCCCAGUCCUGUCAUUGCAAGAGCUGGACACUUGAGCAAGGAGGGAGAAAUGUUUUCAGAGAGGUCUGGUGCCAAGGAAGUGGCUGAAAAGAAACCUGGAGAUGUUUUUUUCAGUUUAUCACACUUGUCUGAAUGGAGGAGGGACAGUGUCAUCUAUACCUUGGGGAGGCCAUGACCAUUCAUUCACCCUCCCUUCUAAGACUGGGGAACCCAUCCAGGACCUCCACAAGUGACUGUGUGGCCUGUGCAUUAGACAGACAUCUCUCCUUUGGGAGGAUACAGCCCUCUGCCAGAACUCGUGGCUUGAACACCCGAGUGCCUCGCCUGCCUGAAUUUGCUGACUGGGCUCAGAAGUCUGAAGAUAAUUCCACCAUUUUCUUUGACAAAGCAUUCUGCCAAGCCAUGAUCCAUGACAUAGGCCCAAAACUUGAAGGGCGAAUCCCAGAGUGUAGAGGAAUUCCUGUUGCUGAGGUGUUCACACUGAAGCCCCUGGAGUUCGGCAAACCCAACACGCUGGUCUGUUUUGUCAGUAAUCUCUUCCCACCCGCAUUGACGGUGACCUGGCAGCAUCAUUUGGCCCCUGUGGAAGGUGCUGGGCCCACUUUUGUCUCAGCCAUUGAUGGACUCAGCUUCCAAGCCUUUUCUUACUUAAACUUCACACCGGCACCUUCUGACCUUUUCUCCUGUGUCGUGACUCAUGAGAUUGACGGUCAAACAGCAGUUGCCUAUUGGGUGCCCAACAAUGCACUGCCCUCAGAUCUUCUGGAGAAUGUGCUGUGCGGCGUGGCCUUCGGCCUGGGUGUGCUGGGCAUCAUUGUUGGCUUGGUCCUCAUCAUCUAUUUCCGGAAGCCUUGCUCAGACUGAUUCUUCUUGAUCAGCGUCUGAUGCCAACACCUUCGGCCAUCCUAGCAGGGGGUGCUCAGGUUUCUUACCUGCUGCCUGGGAUUGCUCCUUCUCGGAACAGAAGGCCUGGGACUCCCCCCGCUGUGUGUGUGGGCGUACAGGUUGCAUCCAGGGGAACCCAGAGUGGCCUUUCUAUCAUGACCACAAUCCUUCCCACUUCAAGGCAAUAAAUUUUUAUAACUCA